GAAGAACACGAGCAGAGGAGAUCAUCAGAAAGACACCUGGUCCCACAAGGUAUGCCUGUUCAAGAGCUGAAGACAUAAAUUCAACAUUUGAGUUUUAUUUUCCUAGCUCAAUUCAGAACAUUCUAGUUAGAAUGACAAAUUUAGAGGGGCGUCGAGUGUUUGGUGAUCAGUGGACUGACAUUGACUGGACUGCAAUGGAAGCUUUUAUUGGUCCUCUCAUCCUUGCCGGAGUUUUUAAAUCCUACAAUGAGGCAACACGAAGCCUGUGGCAUGGUGAGAUGGGGAGAGCGAUUUUUCGGACUACCAUGCCGCUGAAAGAUUUUGAGAGAUUGUCAAGUGUGCUCCGUUUUGAUGACAAAUCAACAAGAGCUGCAAGAAGAGAAACAGACAAGCUGGCACCCAUCCGUGAACUGUGGGAAAAAUGGGUAGAAAGGUUUCCCAUGAUGUAUAAUCCUGGCUUGAAUGUAACUGUAGAUGAAUGCUUGCUUGGGUUCAGGGACCGCUGCCUGUUCAAGCAGUAUAUGCUGAGCAAACCAGCUAAAUACGGUCUCAAAAUUAUUUGGGCAGCCUGUGAUGCCAAAAGCAGCUACAGCUACAAUAUGCAGGUGUACACUGGUAAACCUGCAGGAGCACAACACGAGCGAAACCUGGGCAAACGUGUGGUGCUUGAAAUGCUACGUGAUCUUGAGGGGCACAUUGUCACGUGUGACAAUUUUUUCACCUCCUAUGGUCUUGGCACAGAGCUCUUACAGAGAAAAAUAAGCAUGAUAGGAACUGUGAGAAAAAACAAGCCAGAGCUCCCAAGUGCUUUGGUCACAAGAAGAAACAGGACUCGUUUUUCAUCUUUGUUUGCGUUCACCGAGACACACACCAUCGUGUCCUACUGCCCAAAAAAGAACAAGAACGUGAUUCUUAUGAGCACCGCACACAAGGAUGCAGCAGUAAGUGAACGUGAGGACAGAAAGCCGAAAAUGAUUUUGGACUACAACACUACCAAAGGUGGAGUGGACAAUCUGGACAAGAUCGUUGCAACAUACACAUGUGGACGGAAGACAGCUCGCUGGCCCAUGGCUCUCUUCUUCAAUAUAAUCGAUGUCUCAGCCUACAAUUCAUUUGUGCUGUGGAGGGAAAUCAAUCCCACCUGGAGACAGGGGAAAAGUUCCAGGAGGAGGAAUUUUCUGGAGGAGCUGGGGAAAGCGCUGGUGUACCCAUUCAUGAAAAGAAGGCAAAGCAUUCCUCGCACACCAGCCUCUGUGAGCUUCCUAAAAAAAGUGCAGGAUUCCAUGGAUGAGGAAGGUGGUUCCUCCACGGCUGUUGACUGCAGAGCUGGUGCCUCCAUGGCUGGUCCCUCCACGGCUCGUGCCUCCGCAGCUGGUCCCUCCACG